GUUAAAACCCACAAACAACACACAACAAAAACAAAAAAUGUGCGCAUAAAAAACACAAACCGAAGAAACCAAAACCAAAAACGAAAAUAUUUAUUUGAAAAACCAUUUGAAAAAUAUUUCAUGAGCUAAAUGCAAGCAACAAAUACAACAAAUUCUUCAGCUGCUGAUCAUGUUUUGGCCAAAACAAUUGCCGGGCACUGUUAGCCUGCUUUGGCUGCUACUUUGCCUACUCUACCAUUCACAAAAUGCCGAUGGCUUCAUUGUGCCGGAGCAGCUGCCGUCGGUGCUCUCGCUGGUCUACUCAAAUAUUCCCACCAUCAAGAAAGGCACCGAUUCACGUUUCGGCUUUGGCUUUCGACUGGGCGAACAUGCGGAUUUCCAAGUGCUACUCGAGCUGGGACCACAGAAGGAGACCCGUCCACUGGGUGAUCCUAGCAAAUACGAUCAAUCCUUUAACAAGCGUCAAGUGAGCGCCCAGGAACAACGUCAACAGCUGCGACAACAGCAGCUUUUGGCGACCUCGACGGAGCGCAAUGCUGCCAGCUGGCUGGAGACCUGGUCGAAUGGCAUGAAGCCGCAGGAGAAAGCUCAGGCAGCUAAGCCCAAGCCUAGGAUCAAGCAAACAGAAACUGCCACGUUGCCUGUAAGACCACAGAUGCCAACGGAUGCACUGCAGCAGCUGCAACAGCUCUACAAGAUGGCCAGCACAGUCAGUGAAGCAUCCACAAUAACAACAACAACAAGUGAGGCGCCCUCAUUAACGGGCGCAUCUAUAAGCUUGGGUGUCCCCAGUGGAUUCAAAUUGCCACCGCCUGUUUUAGCACAGGACUCCAAUGCAUUGGGCGUUAUUAGUCCGAAGAAAAGCAGUGCUGACAUUACCAAGGAUCUGAUGAACGUCAGUCUAGAGGCUUAGGUUGUAUUUUAGAAGUAUUCACAUUCAUACACCCAUAUCUCGCUUAGCGACAUGGCAGAUGCACAUAUUUUUAUUAAAAAUUCGGUUUACCCCAGUUUUUAGUCGAAGUUGACGCCAUUAAGCGAGGUACAGAGGUGUACAAUAUUUCCCUUAUCUCUCUUUAAGCUGAACUCUAUAUUUGUAAAUAUGUAAUUCCAAUUGGCUUUUGAAGCUAUCCAGUUUGUAGUAGUAACAAUUAUAUAAGGCAUAAGGCAACAUUAAUGUGUCAAUAGCGAAAAUACGUACAUAGUAAAGUCAUUUGAAAAUAAACAUUUU